AGUUGCAAACAUUUUGCGGGAAAUUUGGACCGGUCAGAGUGUUUACAAAACAACCUGUGUUUUUGUCAAAGAUAAACGUAUUUUACAAUGAGUACUAAAAAGACCACAAGGGGCAAAAAGGUGAAGGCUGUGGCACCUCAAACUCCACUGGAUGUUAGUCAGAAAGCCUCGUCUGUCGAUCAUUUGGAAUCUGCCGAUUUGUCUGCUAUAGCGAGAGCAAGUUUCAUGGAGGGAAUGCAGCAGAAUUUUGGUAACCCUCUGCACAGCACAGCCAUGGAUGAAGAUUUAAAUGUCUUAGAAAACAGACAGGAGGACAAAGGAAGAGCUACUAAAAGGAAGAGGGCACCUCAGGAAGAGAAACUAAAUUUGGGGUCAAACCUGAGUUCUGCCCCCCAGAAAAGCAGCCAGCCGAUCCUGGCAGCCAGCAGGCAACGGAAAAAUCCGCAGAGUAGAAACAACAAGAAGAAAAAGACUGAAUCAGAGAUUGGGAUGUCCAGCGAUCCUCAGUCACAGCAGGACUCAGAUGCCAGGGCACCUAAGCAGGACCAUAAGGAAGACCUUUCCUCUGAUGAGGAAGAGGGAGAACAGUCAAGCUGGAAACCAUCUCCAAAGACGGCUAGAGUUUCCAGUUUAAUCCGAGCCAAGUUUUUAUCCAACAGUUCCAAGUCCAAGAGAUUGUCAUCAAACAGAUUAAAAUCCGGAAAAUCUUCAUCAGGUAGUGGAUCUGGACAGUCAGAAAACACCAGCAGUGAUGAGCUGAGGAAAGCGAAACAUCACAGUCAGGGAGGAACUGAGUUAGAAGUGGUGCUGGAGGCCUUUCUUGAUUUUUGCAAGCAGUACAGGGAGUCAGAGGAAUCAAAAACAGUCAAACAGUCUAUUGAUUGUUUCUCCUCCAAUGUGAAGGAACAACUGGUGGAAAAGAUCUCCAAGUGUAAGGAGCUCAGAGUUUUAACAAGAGAAAACAGAAAGGCCGCAUCUUUGAUCCGUAAAAAGACACAGAGAAUGUUGGAUGCCAAGAAUGAGCUGAUCAGGGCGAAGAGGCAGCUGGGUCUGCUGCAGAAAGAGAAAGCAGAACUCGAGCACCGGCUUGCUGAUCUGACAAAAAGCCAGACCUUCCUCCAAGACAUCAGAAAGCUCAAUAAAGAGUACCUAAAUUACAGGCUAAAGCAUCCUAAGGAAAAAGAAACGGUACAAGCACACAUUACACAAUCCCAUUUACACCUUCUCACCAGCUUGUUAGGAGGGCCAUCUGGUUAUGUUUUAGGAUUCUGGUGGACAUUAAACUGCAUACAUCUCAAGGCAUGGCCUGAAAACCAGGUCUGUACAAAAUUCAGAAUUUAAUUCAAUUCAAUGAAUGAAUUUGAAUUUGGAUUUGAAUUGACUCUACCCUACAGGAUGUUGAAUUGAAUUUGAAUUAGAAUUACAGGAAGUGGAAUUGAAUUCAUUGCAGUUCAGAGAAAUUCAUUCUUAUCAUGUAUCAGUGAGAAUGUGAUACUUUUAACAUAAAUUUUUCUUUCAAAUGGAAAUACAGACAUUAACAUUAAGCAUACAUUCCAUUAAUGUUGAGUAAUUAGCCAUAUCUUCAUUUCACAGUAAUCAAAUGAAACAAUGUUUUGGUAAAUGCAGUUAUCACUCAUUAAAGUACUUUACAGGGUAACGUUGUUGCAUCUAAUGGUUAACAGUUCGUCAAAUGUUUUGUCAUUGAAGUGGCAUCUCCCUGGCCUGAAUAUCUU